CAAGCUGUUUUGUACAACCAGAGUAUUACCCAUUUCGACUGUGUAUAAAAUCAAUGCUUAAAGCAAUGCGCGGGAGUUACCGUUUGAGACAGUUACACAGCACCAGCCAUCGCUCACUCCAUAACGAACCCAUCAACAAGAGCCUCCAAAACAUAAGAAAAACCACAACUCCAUCAAAGAAAACAUUAAACAGUAGGCACGAUGCUAAGAACAAGAAGUCACCCAUCUCAGACUCGGAAAUAGUGAAAUGGAACAUGUCCAUCACCGCCCACAUGCGCAACUGCCAGUGCGAGUCCGCUCUCCGCGUCUUCAAUUCCAUGCCACGCCGGAGCUCGGUCUCCUAUAACGCCAUGAUCUCUGGGUACUUGUCGAAUGACAAGUUUGAUCUUGCAAGAGAAGUGUUUGAGAAAACGCCCAACAGAGACUUGGUUUCUUGGAAUUUGAUGCUUAGUGGGUUUGUGAGAAAUGGUAACCUUGGAGCUGCUCGUUCUUUGUUUGAUCAGAUGCCCGAAAGGGAUGUUGUUUCAUGGAAUGCUAUGUUGUCUGGGUACGCUCAGAAUGGAUAUGUCGAUGAGGCGAGGAAGAUUUUUGAUAGGAUGCCGGAUAAGAAUGUAAUUUCAUGGAAUGGGAUACUUGCAGCAUAUGUGCAGAAUGGAAGAAUAGAGGAAGCUAGGAACUUGUUUGAGUCAAAAACGGAUUGGGAAGUGGUGUCUUGGAAUUGUUUGAUGGGUGGGUAUGUAAAGAGGAAGAGGUUGGUUGAUGCUAGGUGUCUGUUUGAUCGGAUGCCUAUUAGAGAUGAGAUUUCUUGGAAUACUUUGAUUACAGGUUAUGCACAGAAUGGAGAGUUGUUGGAAGCAAGAAGAUUGUUUGACGAGUCUCCUACUCGGGAUGUCUUUACAUGGACCACAAUGGUGUCUGGAUAUGUGCAGAAUGGGAUGUUGGAUGAAGCAAGGAGAUUUUUUGAUGAGAUGCCAAAAAAAAAUGAGGUCUCGUGGAAUGCUAUGAUUGCGGGAUAUGUGCAGUGCAAGAGAAUGGACAUAGCAAGGGAAUUGUUUGAGGCCAUGCCUUAUCGGAACAUAAGCUCUUGGAACACAAUGAUUACAGGCUAUGCUCAGGGAGGUGAUAUUUCUCAAGCUAGGAACUUGUUUGAUAGGAUGCCUCGACGUGACGGUAUUUCUUGGGCAGCAAUCAUUGCUGGUUAUGCUCAGAUUGGUCAGGGUGAAGAGGCUCUGCAGCUAUUUGUAAAAAUGAAAAGGGAUGGGGAAAGAUUGAAUAGGUCUUCAUUUACCUGUUCUCUGAGGGCAUGUGCUGAUGUUGCUGCUCUGGAGUUGGGGAAGCAAUUGCAUGGGCAGCUUGUUAAGGCAGGGUAUGAGACUGGGUGUUAUGUGGGGAAUGCACUUCUGGCAAUGUAUUGUAAAUGUGGAGACAUAGAUGAAGCCUAUGAUGUUUUUGAAGAUAUAGCAGAAAAGGAUGUUGUCUCUUGGAACACCAUGAUUGCAGGAUAUGCAAGGCAUGGAUUUGGCAAAGAGGCUCUGAUGGUUUUUGAGUCAAUGAAGACAGUGGGUAUCAACCCAGAUGAUGUUACUAUGGUUGGUGUACUGUCUGCUUGCAGUCAUACAGGUUUGGUAGACAAGGGUACCCAAUAUUUUUAUUCAAUGGAUCGAGAUUAUGGUAUAACAGCAAACUCAAAACACUAUACUUGUAUGAUCGAUCUUCUUGGUCGAGCUGGGCGUCUGGACGAGGCUCAGAAUCUAAUGAGAAAUAUGCCUUUCGAACCAGAUGCUGCUACAUGGGGUGCUGUACUUGGUGCAAGCAGGAUUCAUGGCAACACUGAAUUAGGUGAAAAGGCUGCUGAGAUGAUUUUUGAGAUGGAACCUGAUAAUGCAGGAAUGUAUGUUCUUCUCUCAAAUUUAUAUGCAGCUUCAGGUAGAUGGGUUGAUGUUAGCAAGAUGAGAUUGAAAAUGAGGGAUAGUGGUGUGAAGAAAGUACCUGGUUAUAGUUGGCUAGAAGUGCAGAAUAUGAUCCAUACAUUUUCAGUUGGUGACCAUUUCCACCCAGACAGGGAGAAAAUAUAUGCAUUUUUAGAAGAGUUGGAUCUGAAAAUGAAGCUGGAUGGGUAUGUUUCUUCUACAAAACUGGUUUUACAUGAUGUGGAAGAAGAGGAGAAGGAGCAUAUGCUCAAGUACCACAGUGAGAAAUUGGCCGUGGCAUUUGGAAUUCUUUCAAUACCUGCUGGGAGACCAAUACGUGUAAUGAAAAAUUUGCGAGUGUGUGAAGAUUGUCACAAUGCCAUCAAACACAUAUCCAAGAUAGAGGGAAGGUUGAUAAUCUUAAGGGAUUCUCACCGCUUUCACCACUUCAGUGGUGGUUCAUGUUCAUGCGGGGAUUACUGGUGAGAUAGAAGAUAUUUGGUAAUUGGAAAUGGUACAUUUAUUUUGCAACUCUAUGUUCUUCACUUGGUAAUCCUUGCAGAUUGACAAAUUACCAUAUUGUGAGUUUUUGGGAAAAUCUCAGUUUAUUGACUCUUUUGAGAGAAGAUUAGAGGCAGAUAUUUAUGCUUUCUCCUCUUGAAGUAGAUUAACAUUUACCCUCUUCAAAGUUUCUCAAGAUGGGUGGAAUAACGUUGGAUCUAUUCAGAAAUUUCUGGACUAUUGCUGAUUGUAUGGAAGAUUUCUCUCUGGUUGAUGAUGGGAUCUGUUGUCUUGGAUAACUUUUUAUAGAUCCCAGACUGCAUAUUAAAGAGAAAGUUCAAGGUGGAAUACAUGAUGAAAUGAAUUAACUGGUGGGAAACAGUCAGCUGAUACUUGGAGAAAACAGCCGAACAAGUGUGCUUCAUAUAGGCGAUACCAUUGAGGUAUAUAAAAGGAAACCUCUUCUUGUAUUCAUCCUCCAAUUUUGGUUUCAAUUUUAGACUUAAUAUGCUUCAGCUAUUAAAAAUACGUGGUUUUCUUGGGCAUAAGAAAGAACCAACUAAGAAGUGAGACGGUUAAAACCAUCAAGUAAACCUGUUCCUAAGGAGUGUGUUUUCUUCAAAAUAGAAAUUAUGCAUUCCUUGCUCGAUAUAGUCUCAAUCUACUCCAUGAUGGUGUUUGGUUGCAAUUAAAUGUCGGUAUGCAAAAUGAAGGACCUUUUCUCUGAUUUCUUGUUCUCUCUCUUCAGCAAUAGUUUGAGCAUAUGACAGGCAAUAAGUGCCCCUCCACAGAAUCUUUGAACAUGAUUAAGAUGGCUAUUGGUUAUGUAAAUUGCCAUUCACAAUCACCAACCCUGUGUGUGCAGCUAUGCCAAGCCAUUGCUUGCCGCAAUCUCAUAUGCAUCCAUUGAGAACAAAGCAAAGGCACAUCCAGCAAAAAUAUAUGCUCCUAUAAAAAAUAGUUACCUUUCUCAUCUGAUGAACAUAGAGAAUAAGGGAAAUGUCUUCAUUAUGCCAUGUGAGAUGAUAAUGUCCACAAGGACUAUAUGUAAAAGUUUUUUGAUCCUUGCUUAUCCAAUUUUAUUU